AUGGCCCAGCAGACUGCAGCAUCUGUUGGACAGCUGCGCGCUCUGAUCUUCCGCCUGACCUCAACUCCACCAAAGCAGCUUCCUGGCGUAGCUGCUCAAAUCGCUGGAUCCAUCUGGAGCUGCAGAGAUCUUCUCUCCUCCCCAUCGGACGCCAAACAGGCCGGCGAUGCAUCAACUACAGUGCACCGAUUCAAGACGCAGCUCUCGACCUUACUCCAGGACCGGACCGUCGAAGGAAGAUGGGCAGCUAUCGUACUAUUGAAGGCCACUAUCGAAGCCGGAGGCUCGGAGGUGCUUGCAAAGUCCAAUCCGUGGGUUCGCAACCUGCUCGGCAUAUUGAAGAAGCCGGAUCCUCCAACAACACGCAACCUGGCUGUUAUUACUCUGACGAGGAUCUUUGUCCUCACAUGGGACCAUUCGAAUCUCGUGCGUGAGAUCACUACGCCGGCUUUGACUGCCUUCGUUCCAACUUGCUUGGCCAAUCUGGAGAACAAGCGCUGCUCUACCAGCGAAUUUCAGAAUAUCUUGGAAGCAUUCGCCACUCUCUUGCCUAGACAUCCGACCAUAUUUCGAACUAAUGAAUCAAAACUGCGCUCCAUCUUGACCAGAGUUCUCUCCGCGACUACUUCCGAUCCCAACACUUCCUUUCACUACACGGAGGCACAGAGAGAUGCCGCACAUCGCGUGUAUGUCUUGCUGCAUCACUGCACGCCCAAGCAAGGCGCGAGCGAGAAAUGGGAUGCGACACUUAGGUCGGUUGUGCACGCAACACAUUCGACCUGCGACCGUAUCUUCCGUGCUGUUCAGGAACACUGGCAGUCAGGUGCGGGCAUUGAGUCCUCCGUUCCAGCGCAUUUGAGGGCCAGUGGAAAUGUCGAAAGUGAAAGUGCCGAUGCUGCAGGGUUCGGUCCAUGGAAAGGCAUCCACGCUGGCGCCGAAAGGACAGUGUCGCUCUUGGGCCUUCUUCAAUCUCAUCUUGCAACAGCUACCACGAGCAAUGUCUCUAUCCGGGUGGGUCUCGUCUCAGAUCUAUUGUCGAGACUUUUUGCGAUAUCAGCGCCUUCUUCUGGGAAGCAGGAGAACGUGAAGCUGAACAAUCAGAUAACGAAGGAUGAGCGCGAGGCUUUAUUCGCGGAUCUGCCAAAGAUCCAUGUAGCUGCCAUCCAGCUCGCAUCGACAAUGCUCAAGCGUUUGCGCAGAGCUGCCUCAUCUUGGACUCAGAACCUCUUCGAUCAGGCUAUCGCCCUGUUCAUAUCCGGAGGUACUCACGUCGACGUCCGCAAGAACCUCUAUCAGCUUCUCGCCCUCAUCAUAGACCGAAUUGGCCCAUCUUUGUCUCGAGAUGAGGUUGCUGAGCUUGACCAAGCCGUCAAGAGUUGCUGCGAAGAAAUCCUUCCCAAAGUCGACAUGGCUGCGCACACGACAUCGAAAAGUAAUGGAACAGCUAGCGGCGUCAAACAGAACCUUGGCCUCGUUGACUCCGGCAUGAGCUCGACGCACCCGGCAGACUUUUCGGAUGUUCAAGAAGUUGCUCGCGAGCUUCUGCGUACUUUCCUGGAGAGAGUGGACUCGGCAUGUAUUCCACCAAAGCUCCGCGCAAAUAUCGAUCGGACUGCAGUGCUUUCCAAUGAAAAAGCUCUGGUCCUCGCAAGCAUUAUGAAUCCGCCGAAGAAAUCCCAAGACGCCCGUGUGCGAGCGAGUCUUCUACCUAUUCUAGCUAGACAAUUCGGCCGAGAUCCUGAGGCUGAGGCAUUGUUGAGGCCCAGGAUGCCGCCAAUUUUCACAAGAACGAAUGGUCGACGCGAGAACGAAGUAGACGAGCCUGAGAGUAGAGCGGAUGGACAGGACGUGAUGGAUGUAGAAGAGGGAGCCGCUGCGGCUCCAGGAAUGCUGGACAUGCUGAUCGGAGCUUCCGAGUCCAACCUAGACGAACAAGACGCAACGCCUGCGGAUUCCAUCGAGGCCGAGGAGGAUCGCAUCUCAAGCAGCAAGCGCAGAGCUGACGAGGAUGCUGUCACCACACCUCCCGCCAAGCGAAUACGAGCAUCGCCUAUCGCAGAGAGUCUGAUGCCAGACAGCAUGCAGACGUUGCCUGGCCCGGAUCCAGCAACACAUCAUAGUGCUAUUCCGGAGACAGUAGUCGGUGAAGCUCAGAGUCAGCCAGCUGCAGCAGCACAAGAAAGCGUCGUGAUUACCGGUGAAGGAAGUGCUGAGGAUAUCAACGACGACGACGACGAUGACAGCGACAUGGAGCUACCGCCAUUGACAAUGGAGCCGGAUACCGAUCCUGAAGGCGAAGAUGAGGAAGAGUAG